AUGAAAUCAUCAAAAUUUCUUCAUCUCUUACUUAUGUUGUUGUUGUUGAUCGAGUUACGUGCAGACGACGACGACCUUCCCGGCACGUGGGAACUACUAGUAGCCAAUGCCGGGAUAGCCUCCAUGCACACGGUGGUCACACGUUUCAACACCGUAGUCCUUCUUGAUCGGACCGAUCUUGGUCCAAACGAGGAGAGGUACCAAAAAUACCAUUGCCUAAAAAACGCACAAAAUGUGCUACAUAAUGAUAGAAGACCCGACUGCUAUGCCUACUCCGCUAUUUACAACUAUAGUAACAAUGUUUUACAACCUUUGACGAUCUUAACCGACACUUGGUGCUCGUCGGGACAAGUUCUACCCGACGGCACGCUUCUCCAAACGGGCGGUGACAAUGACGGGAUAAAAAAAAUACGUAUGUUCACUCCAUGUGAAAGUACAAGGUUUUGUGAUUGGCAACAGCUUGAAAAUAUUGAGUUAGUAGAAGGUAGAUGGUAUUCUACCAAUCAAAUAUUACCCAAUGGGUCAGUGAUCAUUGUUGGUGGUCGCGGCGCUUUUAGCGUCGAGCUUUUUCCUCCUAAACAAGGUGGCGGUGUCGUAAAUUUCCUCUUUCUUGCAGAAACAAAAGACGCCCAAAUGGACAAUCUUUAUCCGUACGUUCAUCUUCUCCCAAACGGUCACUUAUUCGUGUUUGCAAACAAGAAGUCUGUGUUAUAUGACUAUACAAAUAACAUGGUAUUGAGAAAUUACCCGGAUUUGGAAGGCGGGCCACGUAACUACCCUUCUGCAGGGUCGUCUGUGAUGCUCGCCUUAGAAGGGGAUUAUGACUCCGCCACAGUGCUAAUAUGUGGCGGAGCACAAUAUGGAGCGUUCAACGAGCUGAACAUAUCUGCUCCAGCUCAAAGUAGUUGUGGCCGCAUUGAGGCCACAACCACAGACCCGGUUUGGGAAAUGGAGUACAUGCCUUUUGGUCGGAUUAUGGGCGAUAUGGUGAUGUUACCAACAGGUGAUGUGUUGAUUAUAAAUGGUGCACAAGCCGGUAGUCAAGGGUUUGGACAGGCGUCCAAACCCUGUUUGAAUCCGGUUUUGUACAAACCAGAUGAGCUAAGGGGUUUGCGUUUUAGAACGCAAACCCCUGCAUCAACUCCUAGAAUGUAUCAUUCCACGGCUAAUUUGCUUCCCGACGGAAGAGUUUUGGUCGCGGGAAGCAACUCACAUAAUUACUACACCUUUAGUGGUGAGUUUCCAACAGAACUAAAAAUAGAAGCUUUUUCUCCAGACUAUCUGUCUACAUGGAAUGAGAUUACAAGGCCAAAUAUAAUUGAAAUAGCAGAAAAGGUAAAUUAUGGAGGUGGUGUUGAUAUAGUAGUGGCAACGGGGGAGAUUCCGUUGGUUGAGUUUCUCGAGGUGAAUAUUGCGAGUGCACCUUUUGCUACACAUUCGUUCUCUCAGGGACAGAGGCUGGUAAAGCUGGAGGUGUUAGGUGUUGCGCCAGUCAGAUUAGGUGUGGUCAGAGUGGCGUGUUUGGCACCUCCAGACGGACGGGUUGCACCACCGGGGUAUUAUAUGGUGUUUGUCGUAAAGAUGGGUGUACCAAGUGUCGCGAAAUGGGUGCAGUUGCUUUGACAGUAGUAGUACUAUAACUUACUCGUAUAAAUUUAAAGG